AUAUAAACAUAUAACUGCACGAGUGAAGAGGGCUGGAGUAGAAACACAAAAGAAAAAUCAUGGCGGAAGAAACCCUAGAUGAUCGUCUGAGUGACUUGCCGGACUCACUUCUGCUUCAAAUUCUGUCUCUUUUGCCGACGGAGGAAGCAUUCAGAACAUGUAUUCUCUCUAAAAGGUGGCAGUAUCUCUGGACAUCACUUGAUUCUUUAAUUUUCUCUCCUAGACGCUUUUGGGGAAGAAACAAAGGAUUUCGAUCAUUUGUUGACUAUGUAUUGUCUCAUUCCACUGCUCCCAUAAUUACUAAAUUUGAGAUCCACUGCAGUGGCCUGCAUAGCUACAAGUCUCAAAUAAGCCAAUGGCUUACUUUUGCUGUUAAAAAAAAUGUUCAACAUGCUGUACUCUAUUCUCCUCCUCCUUCCAUCAUGUCUCAAUGUUUUUUCAAUUGUUCGUCUUUGAUAUCAUUGUAUCUUGCAGAAAGUUCCUUGGUUUCUACUGUUGUUAUAGCUUGGAAGUCUCUAAAGACUAUAAAAUUGGAGGAAAUGGUGGUAGUUGAUGCUGAGAUUGAGAAUUUACUAUCAGGUUGUCCUGCAUUGGAAGCUAUAGUGUUUAAUAAUGUUGGGGGCUUUCGUCAUUUGAAAAUCAAUUCGUUAAAGGUAAAAAGCUUGAAAUUGGAAGGUUAUUGGGUGGAUGAUGGUGGUGAAAGUGAUCACUCAUUUGAAAUUUGUGCCCCAUAUCUUCAGCAUUUGGAGCUUUUACAUGAUUUUCAUGAUUUCAAGUGUAGUCUUGUUGAUGUAUCCUCUGUGGUUAAUGCUAAGAUAACUUUCGACAUUACAUGUAUCAAAGAUCUGCACAAUGAUUAUGAUCAAUAUUAUGAUUCUGAUGAAGAGGAUGAAGACAGUUGCAGUGAUUAUCAUCAAACUUUAAAGUCCCUCAUCCAAGAUUACCUUCAAAAGCUAAGUCGGGCAACUGAAUUAACAUUCGGAACUUUCUUCACUCAGGUCCUAUGCAUAUUGCAGUUCAAAGGAGUGCCAAUUCCAGAAUUGGAAUGCAAACAUAUAGUGCUGAAGUUGCAUUUGGAAAAGUUUAGUUUGUAUGGGGCAGCUGGCCUUUUGCGAGCCUCGCCUCUUGUGGAGACACUCAACUUAGAAAUAGAAAAUCAGCCUUUUGAUGAUUCCAGGUGCUAUUUUGAGAGAAAAUAUUUGGUCAAAGGUGAUAAUAUUGAUUUGCAGAGUUAUAAUUCAAGCUCUGUGUUUCCCAACCUAAAGAAUGUUGAGAUUGCCAUCUCCUCUGGGAUGUGCAUGAAGGAGCAUCUCAACUGGGAAUAUAUCAGGAAGCUUUUCAAACUUUCAAAGUUUUUGUUAAAGAAUGCAGUGGUUUUGGAGAAGUUCGUUAUCGUUUCAAAAAGACGAAGGUGUGAGUUUUGUGGAAUCAAGUGUCUGUCGCGAUUUUUAUCACGAUUGGCUAGUAAUCUGAGAUCCUCUGCUGAGUUUGUGAUUACCUAUCAAGAGCUUGUAGAUUUAUCCUCUGUGGUUAAAGCUAAGGAUAGUCCUUGUCAAGAUUCUGAUGAUGAGGAAGACAGUUGCAGUGAUUAUUAUCAAGAUUCUGAUGACGAGGAAGACUGUUCCAGUGAUUAUUAUUAUCAUGAUUCUGAUGAUGAUGAGGAUAAUUUUGAUCUAGAUUCUGAUGAUGAGGAUGAGGAUAAUACUGAUCAAGAUUCUGAUGAUGAGGAGGAUAAUACUGAUCAAGAUUCUGAUGAUGAUGAGGAAGACGAGCCGUGAUUAUCAUCAAGGUUUUAAGACCCUCAUCCAAGAUUACCUUCAAAAGCUGAGUUGUGCAACCGAGUUAACAUUAAGAACUUGUUCACCCAGGUUUGUGAUGUUUGUCUUUAGUACCCUGCAUAUCCAAACAGGGAUGCUUUUGCUUAGUUGUACAUAACUUGGUGCUGUCAAGUUAUUAAAUUACAUGUCCUUGCUAAAAAACUAGAGUACUUAUUUUUUCGGAUUUAUUCUAGCAGACAGUUUCAGAAUGUUAACAUUAUCAGAUUUAGUCAUUUUCAAUCCCCACCAGAAUGUUCUCAUUUUUCCACCGAGUCAGAAUGUUAGUCACUUGGCAUACA